AUGCCAAAACCACCAAAAUUGUAUGGGUUACCUAAAAUCCAUAAACAAGAUGUUCCAUUACGGCCAAUUGUAAGCCAGAUUGAUUCAUCAACUUAUAAACUGGCUAAAUUCCUUUCAAAGAUUUUAUCACCACUCCGGGGCCACACAAAGUCAUUUGUUAAGGAUUCCUACCAGUUUGUCAAUGACAUUAAACGCCUAAAAUUGACAGACAAUGACAUUAUGGUCAGUUUCGAUGUACAGUCAUUAUUCACUAAUCUACCUGUUCUUGACUGCAUUGAGAUUGUAAGAGGUAAGUUAAAGGAUAAUAAGAUGCCUAUUGAAUAUCCAGAAUUGUUAAAGCACUGCCUAACAUCUGGCUAUCUCAUGUGGAAGGAUGAAUUCUAUAUACAAGUAGAUGGAGUAGCAAUGGGUUCGCCGGUUUCCCCCAUUGUCGCAGAUAUAUUCAUGGAAGACUUCGAGGUGCGAGCCCUUAGCUCUCCUACAAUAAGACCCUUAAUUUAUAAACGCUAUGUAGAUGACACUUUCACAAUAUUAAAUAAAAACAAAACAUCUGCUUUCUUGAACCAUCUUAAUUCUAUCAAUAAUAAGAUCCAGUUUACUAUAGAAUUAGAGGCAAAUAAUUCUUUAGCUUUCCUUGAUAUACUGGUCAUCAGGAAUCCUGACAAUACUUUGGGACAUACUGUUUAUAGGAAACCCACACAUACGGAUAGGUAUCUCAAUGGUAAAUCACACCACCACCCUGUACAGUUAGCUACCGUUGGUAAAUCUUUGUUACAGAGAGCACAACACCUUUGUGAUGCUGACCACCUAGAGGCCGAGCUGCAGCAUGUAAGACGUGCUCUGACCAUCAACAGCCUGCCCGUGCCUCGCCAGCAUCGCAAGAACCAGAUGAAGCCACCUACAGUUGAGCGACAACCUGCAAUUCUACCAUAUGUAAAGGGAGUUACUGACAGAAUAGGCAACAUCUUGAAGAAGGUUUCAAUCAAGACUAUUUAUAAACCACAUAAGAAAGUGAGCCAAUUCUUGAGACCAAUCAAGAGUAACAUUCCUUUACAACAAGCGGGUGUAUAUAAACUUGAUUGUGACUGUGGCUUGUCAUACAUCGGACAGACAAAGAGAAGCAUCAGUACAAGGGUUAAGGAACACGUUUCAGACGUCAGGAAUAGGCGCGCGUCGAAGUCAGCAGUGUGCGAACAUGCAUUGGACAAACCAGGCCAUUACAUUAGAUUUGAUCAACCACAGAUCCUCGCUCGUGAAGACAGAUAUAUACCAAGGUUAAUCCGCGAGGCUAUUGAAAUUAAAAAACACCCAAAUUUCAAUAGAAAAGAUGGCUGGAACCUAUCAAACACCUGGGAUCCUCUUCUUAAAAAUAUGAAAUCCCAUGUCCGUGACCACACCGCAGGACCUCGAGACACCGUGAGCGCAUUUUGCCGGCAUCCAGAGCGGUACGCAAGACAAUUAAGAAAUCGAUGGCGGUAG